GGCCAAUUUGGCUCCCCUAAAGUCAGUUACAUAUGUAGCUGCUUCAGCCUUGUGCGUUGCAAUGCGCUAACUGUCCCUCUUUACAGCAACCCGAAUCGGUACCUAGCUACGCCAACCUGCACGCAAACUACGUGCCUUCUUACAAGAUCCUGCGAUGGAAUCGGGGUAUUACACGAUGUUUGUUGUAGGGGGAAAGAACGCUACAACGACAACCAUCGAACCAGCAGAAGCUUAUCUAUCCCGCUCUACAUCUAUCCAAACGCCAGAGAAGUUUGGCAAGCCAGUCGCCAACAGGAAAAUAUCCCGUAAAGACCAGCUCGCGCUGAUAGGAUGUUUGAUGGCAUCUUCGGUCGCCAUGGUCGUGGUUUUCGUCCCGAGAUUGGCAGUACACUUCGGUCAAGAUGGGCAGUUCAUCUGGAUCGGUCUGUGUCUGACCAUCAUGGGAUGGUGCACUCAACAUCCACUGCGACGCAUGUUCUUGAUCCUCGCUACGAACUCUCAAGCGUCUACACUUCAAACAUUCGACGCAGUCCUCCGUUCCGACCCCUUUGCCGAUAAAGCAGACUGGAGCUUUAGAUUUGUUUUAGUUAUCAUGCUAGCACUCAAUCCCAUGCUCAGCAUAGCGUACAAGAGGUUAGGCGAUGGUACGGCGAGGUACGGUAGUGCAACUGUUCAAGUGUCGACGGGCUUGACAGGCCCACCGGGCACGCAAAACAUAGGGUACGGACUCUCACAAUUUGUGAAUGCAACCUUGCCCUGGUUUCAAGGCAGCGGCGGGGAAGAGCAAGCUUAUGGGUUCAAUACUUAUGUGCCAGAUGAACGGACCGCUGUGAUCCUUGAUGGGCCAAUGCCGACGUACCUGCUCGAAGCUCAGGCAAGUCUUGGAAGUCGACAAACCAAGUAUGUCACCGGUACGGUCACUGCACUCGUGUGCUCUCUCAGCAAUAAUACAUCCCUCGACGCUGACACCUUGAAUGACAUGAUGGCGAACGAAGACUUCAACGAAUUUUAUGCAUCCAGCACUUGGGUCUGGGAUGGCGACAAGUAUCGGAUAGGGCUGGUGUUGCCCAGCAUAUACAACAAUACCGAUAUCUACUAUGCUGCCUACAACGUCACAAACAAUGAAACGUUUGGUAGUCGUGCACAACACUACGAGCUCUGGCGUCAGAGGUAUAAUGCAACCUGGCAUAUUACCCCAACGACUAUCCAGCUUCACAGUGCCAAGUCGAAUGAUCACCAGCCGGUGCUGGAUAACGGAGUCUUCACCGACAACCGUGUUUCGAUAGUCGAAUUGUACCUCUACGCCCUAGUAGAAUACGACACGCGAUUCCGCUCGAUAAGCCCCUCAAGUGCCCUAAACGACUCUGCAGAGAAAUCCCGAAAAAACAAUGCCGUUCCGCUGGGCCUCAUGGUGUGGGCACGCAUGGUAGCCUGGUGGGGUCCAGAGACGUGGACAUCCCAUGAAGAAGGCGUCCCUGAUGCCGCUCAACGACAGGCCAUGCACUAUGACUCCAUAAUGACCGAAGAAAUCGAGGCGGUGGUGAAUCAGCGAGACUGGAGGAUAGCGCUUGUACUACUGCUUAGUCCAGUGAUACUAAUACUGUCGCUUGCGUCGAGAGUGUUGUACUGGCCACACGCAGCGAUCGGCGAGGGGUUUAGCAUCGUGUCUAUCCUAGCGAGCGUCGAAGCCAAAGGUCUUACGUUGUUGAAGGGUGCUGGACUAUCUGGACAUCUGCAACGGAAGAUUUUUCUAGGCUUCUGGUCAGAGGAAGAGAGGUCAUCUCGUAAACGUCACCUCGUUACAACGUUGGGAAUAGCACCCAUCAAGAGUCAGAAAUUAGAAAGUGGAAAGAUGUUUUAUUAGAACAACCCUCUGACAAAUAGAUUUCCUAUAUACUAACGUCAUCUCAAACUAUUAUCCAAUACAAUAACAUACCUAAGGAAGAAGAUCCAAGGUUGUUGCCUAGAAACCUAGCCAACGCCUGAUACUGUGAGUAGCGUAGCU